ACAAAAGACAGAGCCUUAGAUCCCAUGACGAUCGUCCCUCCCCCCUCGUGGGAAUUGUCCAAAAUUUUGUCCACUCUGACAUCUCUUUUGUCGUUUUGUCCACACUCUUCAUCUUUCAAGCUCAGAGCCCUCGUCGACGCGAAGGACGAGGACAAUAUUUCAAGUCUACAAGGUCAAACCUUUCUCAAGUAUUUCACAAACAAGUAAGUAAACAACCUUAUAUAUAUGGCUCCUACAAGGCUAGGGACCUAUUUUCUCGACUGUACUGACGGUUCUUGAAAGCUUGUCGGGUUUUAAAACCCUUGUCUUGCUCCCCGUGUGUAGAAAGUAUUUGAACAACCAGUGACAUAGUAAAAUGGCAGAAGGAACAAGGGACCAACAGGAAACAGCAUAUUCUGCGCCUCCUCAUAACAUGACAAAGGGGGAACCAACCACCGCAAUUACUGCAACUUCAGGAGGCGCCAACACCUCUUUGCCUUCACCCUCGGGUGGUGACAGUCUUGCUUCUGGUUUAGACAGCAGUGAUACUAACCGAAAGGAGUCAAGGGGACUCAACUUGACGGAGGAAGAAAGACGAGCUAGAAGACUGAAGCAAAAGAGAGACUCUGCGAAGCGUUCUAGGCUUCGAAGAAUGGAUGCCCUUAUGAGUCUUCAGGAGGAAAUAUCUCAAGCAAGACUAGCGCUUUCUCAGUUGAGGCAGCAUGCUGCGCACUUAGAAGAAGAGAAUGAUAGGUUAAAGGCUGAAAAUGCACAACUAAGAGUACAAAUAGCAGCACCUCCGCCUUUAGGACGUCCUAUGCUUUCUGGUCAACAACAGCAACAACAGCAACAACAACAACUUGGUCAAGGUGGUAUGGGACAGAUACCAAAUAUGUCCUCGCUGCAUGGGAACAACUUGGCCGCUGUUCGUCAAGCUUUGCUUUCUCAAGCGGUACCCAAUUUUAGUGGCAACAACAACAUGGGAAGCAUUCAUAACAUGACCAAUGCAUCUUAUCAACAACAGCGAGGAGAAGAACAAAUGAUGAGUUCCAGAGAUGGAAAUAAUGCUGGACAGAAUCAUCCCAACGGUCCUAACAACCAGAGACAAGUAUACUCAGAUAUGCAGCCAUAUCCUCCUCACCAGUCGAUGAUGAUGUCGUCCAAUCCUUCCUUGUCAGGGUAUCCUGGAAAUCAGUAUUCAUUUCAUAUGAACCCAUAUUUUGGACAAAACAAUGCAUAAUUACAAGAAUACACAUAUAAAUACGUGUUGUUGUUUCUUUGCCACGUUGUGAAAAAGAUUCUUUCUGCGUGUUGGCUUCUUUUAUGGGUUGGCGAAAUAAAGAAGGAAGUCUUUAUCAGAAUAAAGCAACCAGUGAGAGGUUUAACGAAGAAUAGUAUGUUUCUUUUAGUUCCACGACUUACGUUUCCUCCC